AUGAACCCAAAGGGUAUACCCAUGCUUCCACCCCGGUGGCUCAAUUGCCCUCGAAUGGGUGACAUGAUUCUGGAUAUAUUCAUUCCGUUUAAAACACCGUUGGACUCCAAGUUUGACAACUUUAUCCAACCAGAGCAGUUGUUUCAUGUGGAUCACGUCUUUCAGACAGCGGAACCGUAUAAAUUGGGUCUAGUUGUGGACCUCACAAAAUCUAAGCGUUUCUAUAACCGUCGUGAAAUCACCGAUAGUAACUGUAAGUAUCUCAAAAUAGAAUGUAAGGGCAAUGAAGAAAGACCCACGCCAGAGCAAGUGGACUUGUUCAUCAAAGUUGUCAACCAGUUUCUCGAUAACAAUCCAGGAGAGCAGAAAGUUGGAGUCCACUGCACGCACGGAUUCAAUCGAACUGGUUUUUUGAUUGUCGCUUAUUUAGUUGAGGAGCUGAAUUACGGUGUAGAGAUCGCUGUACAAAUUUUUGCCGACGCUCGCCCCCCUGGGAUUUACAAACCGGACUAUUUGCAGGAACUGUUUGAAAGAUAUGGCUCCCCGGAAGAUUGUCCACCUGCCCCACCUUUGCCUGAUUGGUGUGUAGAAGACGGUUUACUAGAUUCAUCCAGUUCACAGAAAAGGAGCAUUCCUAACGGUUGGGACGUCGACGAUGAGGGGACGCAGAGCGGCACUGCUAAAGUAGCCCGACAUGAUGUAACACUGGACAGCCUCCAUGGCGUGGAUAAUGCCCGAAGCCGUGUUGUUCGACCGCCUCCAAAGGGUACACCGAAAUUCAUGGAAGGUGUUCUCCGCGUGGCUACUCUCGACCAGGAUUCUGUCGAGGCACACGAAGCUAGAGAGUUGGCUGACAGAUUGUGCAAGAUUGGCGCCUUUAUUUAUUCCGACGGGCAAUUGGUUUUCGCUGACGGCCAGUCCUCCAACAGCGAAUCGGAAAGUUCUGUCCCUCCGAACUCCGACCGUCUCGAGGAAACUAACAAACGAUCGAAACACCCUUUGCGCUUUCGAGGCAGUCAGCCCGUCUCCAUAUCCGUCCGCAAUAUGGAGUCACUCGUCAACUAUGACUAUUGUGUUUCCUACAAGGCUGAUGGCUGUCGCUACUUCCUCUUAAUUAGUGGACCAAAUAAAGUAUACCUUAUCGACCGAGCAAAUUUCGUCUACAAACCCGAUGUUCUCCACUUUCCAACAGUUUCUUGGGUCAAAAACAUGCAGCAGUCUGGAGGCCAGGUACAGUCCACCUCGGCAUUUCUUACUUGUCCCGACGGACACUUGUUCAAUACUUUGCUGGAUGGUGAGAUGGUUAUGUGUCAUGAUCCAUCGAAAUCGGAAGCGUAUAUGCACGAAAAUGCGGCCAACGGUACGCCACGUUUUCUUAUCUACGAUGCAGUUACUGUGAACGGUCAACCAAUCGGUCGUACCCCCUUCUUUGAGCGCUACGCUGCCAUUGAUAAGCAAAUUAUCUGGCCCAGAAAUACUGCUGGACAUAUGGGCCUAGUUGACUUCAGUGCACAGUCUUUCUCCAUCAGGCGAAAGCCGUUCCGCCCGCUAAAUCAAACGGAAGAGCUCCUAAAGCCCGAAUUCGCUCAGCACCUUGACCAUAUAACAGACGGGUUGAUUUUCCAACCCUGUGGUCCUGACGAAUUCUACAUCCUGGGGACCUGUCCACAGACGUUGAAGUGGAAACCGCCUCACCUGAAUACCAUCGAUUUUCGGUGCAAAAUCGUGCAUGAGAGCAAACUUGGCGAUUAUCGAAAGUAUCAUGUAUCCGGUGACUGCUCAGAAUCUGCUUAUGUGUGUUCGGCAGCGUGGUAUCAAGCUCAGCAAGCAACAGACAGCGGGUCCGACACCUGCCGUCAAAUGAUCAUUAUUUCUUUUGCUUUGUACUUUUUUGAAGUUUUCACAUGUGUUACAACUCCCUGCGGAAUCGCCAGCGAUGCGCAUUUCACUGAUCUCCUGCUGAUUCAGACCACAACUUUUCAGUUGGAGGCCUAG